AUUAGCCUCUUCUUCACACCUGAUCUUCAUCUUCAUCUUCAUCGUGACAGUAUCAUUUAGUCUCUACAAACAGGAACGAUGUCUUGGGACGAUGGAUCGCACGCAAAGGUGAAGAAAGUGCAGCUUACGUUUGAUGACAUCAUACACUCAAUCCAGGUCACAUACGAAGGAGCUCUUCAAUCCCAGCUUCGCGGCUCCGUUGGACCCAAAUCUGCCGAGUUCACUUUGGAUGCGGACGAGUACGUAACAGCCCUCUCUGCUUACGGCAAAACGUUGAGUACGCAAGAAGUCAUAACGGCGUUGACUUUCACAACAAACAAGAGAACUCUUGGACCUUACGGUAACAAAACCGGUUUCCAGAUUUCUGCUCCGGAGGCCACCGGCAAGCAGAUCUCUGGGUUCCUUGGCACCAGUGGCAAUGUCCUCAACUCCAUCGAUGUUCACUAUGCUCCCGUACCAACCCCCGGCACCACUCCUUCAGUCCCUGUGAAGAAGCUGGAAGCCAAGGGUGGUGAGACUGGAGCUGUAUGGGACGAUGGUCAUCACGACGAUGUUAAAAAGGUUUAUGUAGGACAAGGCCAAGAUGGUGUAGCAGCUGUCAAGUUUGAAUACAUGAAUGGUUCUGUGGUAGUUAUUGGAAUUGAACAUGGGAAAAGCACAAUGCUUGGAUUCGAAGAGUUGGAGCUUGAAUCAGGUGAAUACAUAACAUCCGUGGAAGGAACCUACGACAAAAUCUUCGGGACUGAUAGUGCUGUAGUGACAAUGCUUAUUUUCAAGACUAGCAAAAACAAAACAGCUGGACCGUUUGGGCUUGAAGGUAGCACACGUUUUGAAUUCAAGCAGGAAGGUUUCAAGAUUGCUGGGUUCCAUGGAAGAGCUGGUGAUUCUGUUAAUGCUAUUGGAGUUUAUUUAGCUCCAUUAGGCACCAUCCCUUUGACUCCUGCUACACAAAAGCUACCAGGAUUUGGUAGUGAGGGAGGAACUUUAUGGGAUGAUGGUGCUUUUGACGGUGUUAGGAAAGUGUCUGUAGGACAAGCACAAGAUGGUAUAGGAGCUGUCCAGUUUGUGUAUGACAAAGCAUCUCAAGUUGUAGUAGGAAACGAACAUGGAAAAACCACAUUGCUUGGAUUUGAAGAGUUGGAGCUUGACUAUCCAAGUGAAUACAUUACGGCAGUUGAAGGCACCUACGAUACAGUCUUUGGGAGUGAUAGUCCAGUUGUAACUAUGCUUAGGUUCAAGACUAAUAAGCGAACCUCUUCUCCCUUUGGAAUGGAAGCUGGCACAUCCUUUGUACUCAAAGAGGAAGGCCACAAGAUUGUUGGUUUCCAUGGAAGAGCCAGUGAUCUGCUUCACAAAUUUGGAGUCCAUGUCCUUCCCAUUUCAAACUGAUCAUGCAUGGAGAUCUUAAUUAUCUUUUGCUGAUGGUUUUACAAACUUUGAAUAAGCUGAUUCUACUUUACAUGUUUCUGUUUGUUUACUGAUUCAAUAUUUGAAGUCUUGUCUUUGUGUUUGUUGUUCUGUCUUUGAUGGAUUUUUUGUGAUCCAAUUUAAUAAAACAAGUUUGUUUAAAGUA